AUGCUGCUGGCGAACCACUUCAAAAUCGACUUCCAGGACCUGGUCAUCUACCAUUACGACGUGGACUUCUCCCCCGCGCUCGCCUCCAAGGGCGUCAUGCGGGCGGCCGUCCGCCAGCUGGCGGAGACCUACAGCGCGCAGCUCGUCCCGCCUGGCGGCGCCCCCAGCGCCCCCGUGCGCCCUGUCUUCGACGGCAUGAAGAACAUUUUCACUGCCCGCCCGCUGCCGUUUGACAGCCAGGAGUUCCGCGUUGUGCUGCCCGAGAAAGACGAAGGGGCAGGGGCGGGGAGAGGCGGCGGCGGAGGCGGGGGAAGGGGAGGUAGUAGCAGUGGUGCUGGGCGCGGGGGCAGGAGGGGCGGGCGCGGAGGGGGGGAGCGGAGGGAGCGGGCGGUGAAGGUGACGGUGAAGCUGGCCCAGCAAUACCCCAUGUCGUCUAUGACCUCGUUUCUGCAGGGCCGCCAGGCUGACAUUCCGCAAGUGCUGCUGCAGGUGGGUGUUGAGGCACUCGACGUGGCACUGAGGGAGCGUCUGCUCACCAGCCCCACUCCCGUGGGUCGCUCGCUCUACUCCGCUUCCCUCGGCUCCUCCGCGCUCAGCUCACCUGCGUUGCUGGCCCACCCUGCCCUGUCUCCCCUGUCUCCCUUGUCCCUCUCCCUCCAGGCACUGGACGUGGCAUUGAGGGAGCGUCUGCUCACCAGCCUCACCCCGGUGGGCCGCUCGCUCUACUCCGCCUCGCUGGGCUCCUCCGCGCUGGGCGGCGGGGUGGCGGCCUACCGCGGCUUCUUCCAGUCAGCACUGGACGUGGCCCUGAGGGAGCGCCUCCUCACCAGCCUCACUCCCGUGGGUCGCUCCCUCUACUCCGCCUCUCUCGGCAGCACAGCGCUGGGCGGCGGAGUAACAGCCUACCGCGGCUUCUUCCAGUCAGUGCGCUUCUCCCAGCAGGGCCUGGCUCUCAACGUGGACAUGGCUGCCACCGCUUUCCACCUCGACAUGCCGCUCCUCACCUUUGCCGCCGACUUUCUCGGCCGCGGGGGGGGCGGGGGAGGCGGCGGGAGGGGCGGAGGGAGGGGUGGGUUCGGGGGGAGGGGUGGCCGGGGGCCGGGAGGGGGAGGGGGAGGGGGCGGCGGGUUUGCACCGAAUGCGUCGCUGAGUGAUGGGGAGAGAGUGAAGCUGAAGCGCGCCCUGCAUGGUAUUAAAGUGGGGGUGACCCACCGCGACACGCCCCGCCGCUACCGCAUUCAAGGCCUCACACGUGAGCCAGCACAUGCCCUCACCUUCACCAUAGAAGGAGAGGGCGAGACCUCCCUGGUGGCCUACUUCCGCUCCGCCUACGGCUACACCAUCCGCCACCCCAACCUGCCGUGCGUGAUGGCGGGCGGCGGCGGCAAGAGCUUCCUGCCAAUGGAGGUGUGCCACAUCAUCGGCGGGCAGCGGUACGGCCCGAAGCUGAACGAGGAGCAGGUCAGCUCGCUGCUGCGCUUCACGUGCACUCGCCCGGACGUGAGGGCGGGGGAGAUUGGGAGCAUGGUGACUCGCAACGACUACCCCAACGACCCGUACGCGCGUGAGUUACGCGCCUGCAGGGCCGCCUGCUGGAGCCGCCCCGCCUCGUGUACAAGGAUAAGAAGGAC